AUGAUCGGUUACUUCGUGCUUGUAUCAGGCGUGAUAUAUGACAUCAUUCACGAACCUCCGAGCAUAGGGAGCAGGAUUGAUGCUCACGGACACCAGCGCCCCAUUGUCUUCAAGGCUAACAGCCUACAUUCGCAGUACAUCUUGGAAGGGCUGGCUGCCGGCAUGCUGUUCUGUGUGGGAGGCCUGGGCUUGCUGCUGAUGUUGGCAGCUGAAAAGCCCUCUCUCUCACGCCUGCACCGCUACCUGUGCCUCUCUCUGGGCGGUGUGUGCAUGCUCGGCGGUUUCCUUGCCUCCAGGGCAUUCAUCCACAUCAAGUUCCCGUGA